UCAGGUCUGGCAAGUCACAGCCUUCCUUCUCGGCUUUCCAGGACCGUGCUCUUAGGUCCUCAUCCUCCUCCGGCUCUUUUUAAACUACUGGGAUGCCCGAGGUCUUGUUCGCUUCAGCCCCGCUGUCUCCAGGGGGGGUGGAGUCACGAAAGGAGCGGCUGUCAAGGGGUGCCCGAAGGGUGAGUGGGAUGUGAGAGGUCCAGGAGGCACUGUGGGGGAAGAACGUGAACCCUUGUGACGCACAGCCGGGACGGAGGACCCGCGAGGAGUCUCGCGCCCUGGAACCCCAUUCAGAUCCACAGCGGGGAAAGCGCGGGUGCGCAGUGCGACAUCUACGCCUGCGCUGCCGGAGCCCGACUCCCUUUAGCAAGAGGGCAGCGUCCAGAGGGGGUGGUGAUAACCGGGAUCCCGGAAGCCCACCCUUCACCCGGAAAUGAUCGUGGAGGAACAUGGCGUUGCUGGUGCGAGUCCUUAGGAACCAGACUAGCAUCUCCCAGUGGGUUCCAAUAUGCAGCCAACUGGUAUCAGUAUCUCCUACCCAAAGACAGUGGGGCAGGACUCUCUCCAGCAUUUCCCAGAGGCCACAGAUGGACCAGUCUCGCAUCUGGGUGGGAUCCGAACACCUUGUUGGGAUGGACACACAGCAGAGUAGGAAAUACCACACCACAAGUAAGCUUCCUACUGCCCGAGACUUCCCGCAGCCUGUUGAGGAGAAGGUUGGCCCCUUCACGAGGAUAAUAGAAGCCAUGGGAUUCACUGGCCCUUUGAGAUACAGUAAAUGGAAGAUUAAGAUCGCAGCCCUGCGCAUGUACACGAGCUGUGUGGAGAAAACUGACUUUGAGGAGUUCUUUCUGAGGUGUCAGAUGCCUGAUACAUUCAACUCAUGGUUUCUUAUAACCCUGCUUCACGUCUGGAUGUGUCUAGUCCGAAUGAAGCAGGAAGGCCGAACUGGAAAAUACAUGUGCCGGAUCAUAGUUCAUUUUAUGUGGGAAGACGUGGAGCAGCGAGGCAGAGUUAUGGGGGUUAAUUCCUAUAUCCUCAAGAAGAACAUGGCCCUCAUGACUAACAAUUUCUAUGCGGCAAUCUUGGGGUAUGAUGAGGGGAUCCUUUCGGAUGAUCGUGGACUGGCUGCUGCCCUCUGGAGAACCUUCUUCAACCAGAAAUGUGAAGACCCUCGGCAGCUUGAGUUGCUGGUGGAGUAUGUGAGGAAACAGAUGCAAUACCUGGACUCCAUGAACGGGGAAGAUCUGCUUCUGACAGGGGAAGUGAGAUGGCGCCCUCUGGUGGAAAAGAAUCCACAAAGCAUCUUGAAGGCCCACACUCCUACUUACAAUGAUGAGGGCCUUUGAGAGACUGACUCCUCUGGACAGUUGUAGCUGGCUGGCUUGGAGGAACCUCCACGGAAGAAGUGCCUGUUUGUCCCAGGACCCUGAAGAAGGUGGCCUAAACUGACUUUUGAACAGCACCUGUUGAAUACUCGGCUCAUUUGUGUUGAGUUUCUUCUUCUGAGCCCAGGAGUCUGAUCCAGUGGGGGUCCUACUGGGGGGGGGGUCCCCUCAUGCCUCUGACAUGUUUCCUCCCUCAAGAGAAACCCAAAGCACACUUCCCAAGUCCUUUCAGCAACACACGUGACUGAGAGCUUUUCCAGAAGGCUGAGGAAGGGAUGGGUAGGUUAGAAAGGGGGCCCGCUCACCCAGGUCCCCCAUGCCUAGGAGCAGUUUCUAAUGCUAAGUCCCCCAGCUGU